AUGUCCACGCCCACCUCGAUGAAUUUUCAACUUCCGGCACCGACCGCACGCACCCCCGAGCGCGAGUGCUUCGGCCGCCAUGCGCGCGUAAAGACCGUGUUCAUGGACACCCGGCAGCGGCGUCUGGACUCACUUUUAUUGAACACCGGCGACGAGCUCCCCGGCACCGUGUUCUCCACCUUCUACAGCGGCGAGAUCGCCGAGACGCUGAAUCAGAUGAUCGUCUUCGACACUAUGACGCUGGGCAACCACGAGUUUGACCGUGACGAUAACCACCUGGGCCAGUUCCUCGAGAACCUGAGCUUGCCCAUCGUCAGCGCCAACAUCGUGUCGGACCAGCCCGUGCUCAACCCUGCCAUCACGCCGUUCCACAUCUUCCCGCAGUACGACCUGGCCGUCAUCGGCAUCACGACCGACACGACGCCAGGCAUCUCCUCUCCGGGCAAGGGCACGACAUUCGGCGACCACGUGGUAUCGGCGCACAACACGUACGGCGAGAACCAGCGGCUCGCCUGCGAGACAACCAGCUUGCACCUGACCAUGGGCGGACACAGCUACAGGCCGCUGGUGCUUGGGGAUUUCAUGGGAGCCGUGGGCCCCUUCCUGACCAUGGUCAACAACAGAGACGGCGACGAGGUGUUUAUCGUCACGGCCUACCGGCGGGGCAAGUACCUUGGCUACAUCGACGUGACGUACGACAAGCAAGGGAAGGUGCUAGCGUACCAGGGCGGGCCCAUUCCCCUGACAAACGCGACGGCACAGGAAUCGGAGCUGCAGAAGCAGGCCGUGACGUCGUUCCUGCAGGUCAGUCGCGGCAUCUGCGCUGAGUACGAGCCGGGGACUGCUAAUGGCACCGGCGACGUGCUCGUGGCGCUGACUACCGAAGACAAGCCGCUGGAUAAGGCGGCCGACUACAGGAUCGUUAUGGUGGACUUUGUGGCUUUCGGCGGGGACAAAUUUUUCAGCGCCCCCAUUUGA